UUCAAAUCCUUAAAUUUUACUAACCUUUUUCUUUUUCCUUAAAAAUUAAGAAAAAACAAAAAAACACAAAAAACACAAACUAUAAUAAAAAUAUUCCAAAUUUUUUUGAAUCCGACAGAUCCUUCGUUAGGGUUCGGAUCCUCCGAUCCAUUGUCACCAUCUUCAUUAUCAUCUUCUGUCUCUCUCUUUCUCUCUCUCUCUCUCUCUCUCUCUUUCUCUCUCGGUUUUGGAUGUGGUCCAUAGAUCUUUCAAAGCUUCUACUUCAAAUGGAGAUUUAAUAAUUGCUGCACGCUUUUUUUUUUUUUUUUUUUUCAGUACUGUUUGAGUGAUGGACUCAGAUAAUCUUGUACCCAUUGCUGGGGUUGAGGCAACCCAUCAAAAUGGUGUUUAUGGCCAAAUUCCUAUUGUUGGAGACGAUGGCGUUGUUUUGGAUAAUGUCAAUUGGACUGUCAUUAAAGGUUCAGAUACUGCAGUGCCAAAUGGGAAUUUAGAGAACGUUGUCAAGUUGUAUGAUGAUGCAACUAUUAACUCAUCUACUGGGGAACUUGAUGAGGGUUCAAAUGUCCAGCUAGAAAGCAAUGGCUUGACAACUUUUAAGGAUGGGGAAGUGAAAAACGAAGAUCAUUCAAAGCAGUCCAGACCUCAAAAGGCUCUAGGCAAGAGCAAGAAUGAGAAGCCCUUGAGCCUUAAAAGUGCUUCAGCAGCUUCCGUGAUGAAGAAAAAAGAUGGAAAAGAUGUGGAAGGAACAUCCACUUCAAAUGGUUCAGUUGGUUUGAUUUCACUCUCAAAACAGCCUUCUAACAGCAGAUCUUUCAACGGAAGACAGCUAUCAGAUAAGUCUGAUGCAGCAUUGUCUGUAGGUCUCAUGGAUAAGACAAAAGUGAAGCCCUUGAAAAAAGGACCUGGUGGUAAAGCUGAAGACAUACAACCUUCCUUAAGUCCCACAGGAGAAGAUGGGAAGUCUCGCAAGGUUGGCAUGCUUCCAAACUAUGGGUUCAGUUUUAGGUGUGAUGAACGAGCUGAGAAACGGAGAGAGUUUUACUCUAAACUUGAGGAAAAGAUUCAUGCAAAGGAAGUAGAGAAGAAUAACUUGCAAGCCAAGUCCAAGGAAACACUAGAAGCUGAGAUUAAGAUGCUCAGGAAGAGUUUGACCUUUAAAGCAACACCCAUGCCAAGCUUCUAUCAGGAGCCUCCACCUCCUAAGGUGGAGUUGAAGAAGAUACCAACAACAAGAGCUAAAUCUCCCAAGCUUGGCCGAAAGAAGGGCUCUGAGACUGAAGGGAAUAGUAGCAGUGUUGGAACUGGCCGCCUUAGUUUGGAUGAGAAAGUGCCCAGGGAAAAACCUGCCCGAGGUCUUUCUCCCAUCAAUCAGAAGAAGCCACACCGAAAGUCUCUUCCUAGACUACCUUCUGAAAAGACCACUUUAUCUAAUGCAACUAAUGCAGAAAAAAGCACUUCAUCUAAAGCUUCACAUGAGGAAAAGAUCACAUUGCCCGAUGCAACAGAUGAAGAGCAGACUGCCAUGUCCAAUGCCACAGAUGAAGAUAAGAUCAAUGUGUCCAGUGAAACAAAUGGACGUCCAUUUAUUACUGAAGACCAGGAGGUAGUUCCCACAGCCGAGCCAAGUGAAAUUCAAGAACAUAAAGAUUAUGAGGCAGUGGUAGAAGAGCAGGCUCAACCAACUUGAUUCAAAAACCCGCACCGCUGCAGCAUUAAACAAAAUGCAGCAAUAGAAUGGAUGCGCACUUACAGAGCCCUCUCAAUUUCAUGAAAAUAAGAGGUAUAAGACCUGAAUUAUUUGACGAUGAAGGUGAAAAAAAUUUGCAUUAUGGUUUGUGAUGUCAUCCUGUCCAUAGUCAGCAGCAUUGGUUGUUUUGUGUGCUUGCUUUCUAGGUUGCUGGUCUUGCAUUAGAGUUUUGCAUUCCAGCUUGCAGCACUGUAUGUAACUAUUUGUCAGUGUCAGGUUAUUUUAAUUUAUAAUUGUUCAAGAAUGUAUUAGUUGCCUUGUCUUUUGGAAAUGUUUGGGAAAAUUUUGGGAGGAUCUGCCAUUAGAUAGUUAAGGAUGAAAUGUAUUGUUUGUCUAAGCCUAUUCUGUUGAACAAAUGGGUAUUGUUUACGAAGGCUGAUUUUGUGCUGGGACAUCCUUGAUAACUGUUUGAACUUGUUUAGUUGUUCUGUAUCAUAUAUUUGUUAGUUUCUUAAUUUCAACCACAAA